CACUGCCUCUAACUCCACGAAAUCCGAGCAGCAGAUUGAGCGGAGAAAAAUAGAAAAUCUCUGCUGCUGCAGUGCUUCGUUUUUUCUCCUUCAAUGGCGGGAUUAACAGCAGCUGCUCCGGCUGCUUAUUUGCAGAAAUUCGAGAAUAGUCUGCCGUCUUUGAGACCUAGGAUUUCUCGUCUUUCUUCGGCCAGAAGAACCCUAAAAGUCGUUGCCAUGGCGCCGAGGAAAAAGGUGAAUAGGUACGAUGAGAACUGGGAAAAGCAAUGGUACGGGGCUGGGAUAUUUGCUGAAGGAAGCGAAGAGGUGAAUGUGGACGUAUUCAAGUUGCUGGAGAAGAAAAAGGUGCUGAGCAACGUUGAGAAGGCUGGAUUGUUGUCCAAGGCCGAGGAAUUAGGGUUUACGCUGUCGUCCUUAGAGAAAUUGGGGGUAUUCUCCAAGGCAGAAGAGUUGGGGCUGCUGAGCUUGCUUGAGAAAGCAGCGAGCUUCUCCCCAGCCACGCUAGCAUCGGUGGCGCUGCCUCUCUUCGUUGCGGCGAUAGCUGCUAUCGUUUGGAUACCCGACGAUUCGGCGGCUCUGGUGGCGGUGCAGGCCGCGGUUGCGGGCGCGCUUGGUGUGGGUGCGGCCGGGUUGUUUGUCGGGUCAGUCGUGUUAGGUGGAUUGCAAGAGGCGGAUUGAUUMGGUGGACUGCUUUGAUAGUUAAUGUAGGAAAUGCGUAAUUUGUUAUAUGUAAUUAUAUAACAGUUGGAUAUGGUAAUUCAAGUGUGAGAUAUAAACUGAAAAAGAAAAUUGUAUUAUAGGUGGUAUCCAUUCAUCUACUUAAAGUGAUUUUUUUUUCGGUUUGUCGGAUUUGAAUUCAAAAUCCGCUUCGAAUAAGUGCAGAGUGAUAGAACAGAGUAAGUGCCUCA